UCCUUGUUCCAACACCCCCGUCCGGGGCAACGUGCACCAAUAUACAUAACCAGGAAUAGGAUCGCACUCCCACCAAAUCCGCUCAUAACCUCCCUCAGUCCGUACAACUUCACAGCCACUCUGAAGUGCCAUUUUUUGUAGCUUCGAGAUUUUCUGGUUGGUGCUUAUUAAGACCGACGUUCAAUUUGGAGCUUUGCCUCCUCUUUAUAAUUUGGAGCAGGACGGCGACCGAAAUCCAGUGAUUUUGCUCGAGAAUGAUUUCAUCGUCAUUGUCUUCUGUGUACCAGAACUGACAUUUGCAGAUUUUUUUAGUGCGACUCUCUCUCCCUCUCUCUCUGUUUAAAGGUCCUUUGGGGUCCUCUGCUGGAAAUUGUGGUGUUGGACUGGUAGGGCGCGGUGUCCUGUGCGUUUCUUUAUUUCCAUCUUGGGAUCGGUAAAAGGUUCCAACCAUGCAGCUCCUAGAUCUGAGGGUCUAAGCUUAUUCCGAAACUUCGUCACUGUUUUCGUUUUAUCCAAAAGAGAAUGGGUAAAAUGACGAGUAGAGACUGGACUCAGAUCUAUGCGAUCUACGGCUUGGACCAGUGGCAAACUCUACUCUUCCUCUUACUGCACGCCCUCCUCUUCACAGUUCUCUCCGUCCUCUACCUCGUCUACUUCGACCCCAUCGGAGCCUUCUUCGAGUCCCUCCUCGCCCGCAACGCCGCAGUUCCAGGUGGCGUCGCCAGAUUCGCCGCAGGUUUCACCGGUUCGGUCACAGCUCUCUCCGCCGUCUGCUUGUUCUUCGCCGCGGCCAACUUCUUCUACUCCGCAGUUCCGCUCCACCACGACAUGGCUCUCCGCAUAGUAAGCGCGGUUAACGACUGGUCCACGGUGAAGCACGCCCUUGACCUGGGCUGCGGGCGAGGGAUCCUGCUCAACGCCGUGGCGACGCAGCUGAAGAAGGAAGGGAGUUCCGGCCGGGUAGUCGGGUUGGACCGGUCGAAGGGGAAGACCCUACGGACGUUGCGGACGGCGAAGCUCGAGGGGGUGGGGGAGUAUGUGACUUGCAGGGAGGGAGAUGUGAGGAGGCUGCCGUUCGGAGACAAUAGCUUCGACGUGGUGGUGUCGGGAGUGUUUGUGCACACGGUUGGGAAGGAGCACGGUAACCGGACGGUGGAGGCGGCUGCGGAGAGGAUGAGGGUGGUGGGGGAGAUGGUGAGGGUACUGAAGCCCGGUGGGGUCGGGGUGGUGUGGGACCUAAUGCACGUCCCGGAGUACGCGAGGAGGCUUCAGGAGCUAAGGAUGGAGGAGAUCAGGGUGUCGGAGCCGGUGACGGCUUUCAUGGUCCGCAGCCAUAUCGUGUCGUUUCGGAAGCCCAGUCAGCCCGUCGUGGGCCUUGGCGAGGUCAGGCUCGAGUGGAGAUGCUGAGCAACGUGGCAAUAAUGCCAUUCUAAUUCUGAUGACUGAUAUAUUAAAAACUAAUAAUAAUAAUAAUAAAAACCAAAUAUAUGGUUUGGUGGGUUUUUAAAUGUCUGGGAAGGCGAAGCAGACCCGGAUGUAGAGUAAUUAAUAUUUUAGAUGUAAUAUCCUUUUAUUGUAAUUACGAGAAUAAUCUAUUUGCUGUUUUAAUUCUGUUGGAUAACUACUUAAAUUUUGUACAAAUCCUUGUUCGAAAUGGAUAAAAUAAAACUUUCUAUAA